AUGGAUUCACCACACCACAUGGGCAUCCGCGAGCUCAACGUGAGUAACUGGCAUUCUCACAAUGCCCUUACCGAUACCUUCAACCAUGCAGUCCCCGCCAUCAAGACAAGCGCAGCCUUCUUCACAUUUCUUCGCGCUAACUUGGUUCUGAACCCUUCCGCCAUGUCGUCCAACACAAACACGCCCGUCCUUCAGCCGACGGUGGCUCCCAACAGUACCCAUCGCCCGGCAGCACCAUCUCCAUUGGCAACAUCCCAGACCCUCGACCCCCUCGACGAUAUUCCCCCCUUGUCGCUCGAAAUUCUAUCCACCCGCGAGGACAAGGCUGAGGCCCUCCAUCUCGUGGCGGAUUCCAUUGCCCAGCAGCGCCAACAGGCGGCCUACUCACUCGUCUUCCACCCUGUGCCGCUUGCAGGCCUCACAUUGACCCUUGGCGUCGCCUACCAGUACUCCUACGCCCGCCAAGGCGACAUUGGCUUGGCCUUCACCCUCUUCAUUGGCAUUAUAAUGACCUACCUCCUCGCAAUCCGCUGGGCAACGAGCGGCUUCCUGCCUCUCGCCGAACAAAUGUCGUGGUCCUUCAUCCGACCCCACCCCGAUGCUUCCGCCGAUGAGGAGGACCUCGUCUUGGGCACCCGCUUUGGCAACGAACUCGUCGGCACCUUGGUCCUGCAUCUCGAGCCCGCGAGCCCCGCCGUCGCCUCGACCUUUAGCAGCAGACGCCGCAACAAGGCCUCCAGCUUCCGAGGCGGCAAGGGCAUCAUCCGCGCCUGGACGACAAAGCUCCGCUACCGUGGCAAGGGCGUCGGCACCGACAUGCUCGAUGAGGCCGUCCGCAUCACCCGCGAGCGGUGCGGCAAGGACGCCGAGGUCGGCUUCGCGCUCGAGCAUGCGAAUAGCCGCAUGGUCAUGCCCGAAUUCUUCAACGGCGUGUUUAGGAAGCGCGAGCGCUGGGCCGCCAAGACGCUCGACGGCGUGCUGGCUGAGCGGGAGCUCACCAGGAAGAAGAGGUGA